GGACGACUCGUUCUUUCCGAGGAAGUGACGGUUAACCACGGUCGUCGGUCGUCGGUCGUCGGCGUCGGCGUCGGCGGCCAGAUUUGAGAGCGCUGGGUUGUGCGAUCCAUGCCCACUCUCCACACGCACGGCAACCAAAAGAAGGCCCGACCAGCCAAUUGUUAAUGCCCCGACCCUCCACGAGAACGUUCUCCACCCGGAAGUUUCCCCUCACUGCGCGUACACGCAAAAGUGGGUUAUGGACAGUACUCUCAUGUACACUAUAGUAUAAUAUUGUAUAGUGCAAUACCUAGGACGGACUACUCAACCCCAGAUCCCCAUCUUUACCCCGCGAUAUUUUUAUUCUUUGCGUACGGGCUGCUGCUAGAACUGACACCCGAACUGACACCCGAUUGUGUCACCAUCCCCAUUUUGGUGCUACGGCCGGCACCCAACAUUGGAUCCCCCUUCCCCAUUUCUUCCCCGCAAAUGGGUUCAAGGUCUCCAACUAACGUUAUGGCAGAUGUCGGUAACCUUGUCAGUUCUACAAAAGAGGGAGUAUACCUACCGGCCAUCGACAUAUCUUAUCUUCUCUCCUCCUUCAUAUUCCCUCUUUCUCUAUCCUCUCAUCCUUCACCCCUCUACUGUUUCCCGCUCAAUCCUCUCUUGAUCGCGAUUCACAAUGUCGUCCUCCCCCAAUCUCUCUAGUAAAGGCGACGAUCCCUCAUUCACCCCAUACGAGAAACACCUCGAGUCCGCCGACCGUCCCUCCUCCGACAAUGCCUACAUAUCGUCAAUGACCGCCGAGGAGCGGAAGGCCCUGACGCGCCGCAUCCUCUUUAAGCUCGACAUCCGCAUUAUCCCCGUUAUGGCGCUUCUUUUUCUCUGCUCCUUUCUCGACCGAACCAACGUCGGAAACGCAAAAGUAUACAACAUGGAGCAUGACAUCAACAUUUCCGAUCACCAGUAUGAUACCUGUCUGGUCAUCUAUUACGCCUUCUACAUUGCUAGUGAGAUUCCAAGUAAUCUGGUCUUGAAGAAGAUCUCGCCCAAGAUCUGGCUACCCGUUCUCACGGCGGCCUGGGGAAUUGUCGCAAUGUCCCUUGGGUUCGUCCAGAACUACGCUGGUUUGAUGGUUGCCCGCGCCUUCCUAGGCGCGACAGAGGGCGGAUUGCUCCCUGGAAUUGUCCUGUAUCUGUCAGGAAUGUAUACGCGCGGCGAGAUGGCCCUGCGAAUUGGUCUCUUCUACACCAGCGCCUCCUUGUCUGGUGCAUUCGGAGGGCUCCUCGCACGUGGCCUCCACGAGAUAGGGACUCGAGGGGGGUUGGCUGGUUGGCGAUGGAUUUUUAUCGUAGAGGGUCUUGUCACCAUUAUUGUGGCAGGCUUGGCCUAUUACAUUCUGCCAAACAGCGUCGAUGAUGCUCUGAACGAGGAGGAACGUGAGUUUGCUAGGUAUAGGCUUUACAACGACAAGCCAAAGACGCGACUUGCAAACGGGGAGAUUUCGACAGAAUCAGAGCGAUUCGCCUGGUCUGAGGUCAGGCGUGGGCUCAUGAGUCCGCAGCUAUGGUUCAGCGCCACUGCGUAUCUGGCCAUUCUUGCCGCCUUGUACUCGUUUGGGCUCUUUCUGCCGACCAUCAUCGUGGGAUUGGGGUAUACACCCAACGAGGCUCAGCUCUGGUCCGUCAUUCCGUAUGCUGUGGCAGCAGUCAUCACAGUCGGCAUCGCCUUCCUCUCCGACCAUCUCCGACUCCGUGGCCCCAUCAUGCUCGCGUCUCUGCCUCUAGCCAUCAUUGGGUAUGCAGUGAUUGCCAACGUCGAUUCAAAUAGGGUCAAGUAUGGCAUGACGUUCUUGAUGGCGACUGGACUUUACGCCACCGUUCCCUGCAUCCUCGGAUGGAUCAGUAACAACUCUGCCGGACACUACAUGCGCGCGACGACCACAGGCGCACAGCUCGCCAUUGCGAAUUGUGGAGGAUUUAUCGCGGCGUUCAUCUAUCCCAAGGUUCAGGGGCCAGAGUUCUUCAUCGGGCAUACCGUGAUCUUGGGAUUGUUGUGUUUUGCGUGGGUGAUGAUCCUGCUCAACGUGUUGUACUGCGCAAAGGUCAAUCGCGACAAGGCGAAGGGAUUAUAUGAUGAGUUUAUCGGGUCUGGCGAUGAUCGUGAUCCGGAGUUUAAGUUGGUGCUAUGAGCGUAUAUAAUGUAAUAGACAUUGCGACUGUGGUUUUGUGCUGUAGUGUCAGGCGGUGC